AAUAGGUUACAAAAACCAUAACAAAAUUGAAAAAGUUUUCUUUUGCCACAAGUAAAGAGCCAAUCGAUAUAGAUAACCACACGCAGCGCGUGCAAUAUGUCGUAGGAAGCUGAUAGCCAGUGUGCAUCAUUCAUUUUACUUCACUUUAACAACGAUCAUGACCAGUGUUGUUCUGCAAAAUAACAUCUGAUAAGUGUUUGAUAACUGCACCUGCGGGCUUAAAGCAAUGUUGCUCGUUUAGGUUGAUAUGGAAAGUGAGAAACUAUUGAUGGCCGCUGGCGUAACAGCGGCCGUUGUUGUAGGUGCAUUUGUUUUCUGGGGCCCUUCAGGCACGUCGAGAUUGCGCCAGCGUCGGGGACAGAUUGCUGGUCUUCAUAACUUCGGCAAAACCUGCUUCCUCAACACUUUGUUGCAAGCGCUAGCCGCAUGCCCUCAGUUUAUUGCUUGGCUACAGCUGCAUAACACCAAAGACAAGAAGAGCCUCGUAUCAUCUCUGCAGAAUGUUUUGGAAGUAGUAAACGGCACCCACCCUACACUGAGAGGCGAUCCCUACGCACCGGGUGCUGUAAUCCGGGCGCUCAACUCGCUGGGCUGGGUCAUCUCGCCCGAGGAGCAUGAUGCCCAUGAGUUGCUGUUGGUGUUACUCAAUUCGCUCGAGGAAGAGGUUUCGAAGCCGCGCAAAAUCGGCUGUCUCUCGGAUGCGCUCGAUUAUGAUAAAGGUUGCCCAACGAUGCCUGCCCGUCCAUCCAGCGCAAUGCUAUCGGAUUUCUGUAACGCUGAGUACGACGAAUCGACUAAUUUGACGCGGUACACUCGAUCGGAAGCUCACACACCAGAUUCGCCGCAUUCUGUGUGUACUGAGCAUGAAGAAUCGCAAGACAACUCACUGGCGCUGGAGUACGGUACGUCUGCGUUGAUUACCGCUGCCUUGGGUGCAUCCAGCCGCCCACCGUGCCAGGAGAUGGACAACAUGCUGCAGGCGCCCGGGAAUUUCAUGCACAAUCGUCAUUCGGUCUCAUACCGCUCUCUCGAGCGGCUCAAUCGUGGGCCGGGCCGUGUUUCGGUGUGGAGUGACCGGCAGCAAAACCAAAUACCACAUCCAUUUCGCGGCGGACUUGGAAGCCAGCUAUGCUGCUCCGGGUGCGGCCAUAAAUCGACUGUGCGGUACGACAAGUUUGACAGCAUAACGCUCCCUUUGCCAUCGACUGUCACACCUGGUUUGGGGCUUGGAAAUUUGCUUUCUGACUUCAUUCAGCCAGAAUCUAUCGACGCGGUGCUGUGUGGAACGUGUGGCGAGACUGAGACACAUACGAAAACACUCACCUUUAGUAAACUGCCGGCCUGUCUGUGCAUACAUAUAGCACGCACGACGUGGCACGCAGGGGUUGGACGAGCGCAGAAGCGAAUUGAUAAUGUACACUUCCCGGAAACACUGUCCAUGGCACCAUAUAGCUUCGUGCAGCCUGGAUUAAACAGCAAUAUCGGUACACCGUGGGGUAGCACCUCCUCCCUCUACCAGAUCGGAAUGAACGGUGCGCCACAAGAUUCGGGAAGUCAAAUGAGCGGUAGUCAACCGGACUAUUUCGGCGGAACCAGUGACGUUGGGGUGGCCCCCGGUAUGAACUUCAGUUCUUAUACGUUCGGCGCUAUGUUCCCGCGGAAUCUUUACCGACUUCUUGCCGUCAUCGUGCACUCGGGCGAAGCAAAUGAAGGUCAUUUCGUCACUUAUAGGAGAGGAGCACUGCGAAAUUCAUACAAGUGGUACUACACGUCAGAUGCUGUGGUUCGUGAGGUUCCAAUCGAAGAGGUCCUUAACAGCUCUGCUUACAUGCUAUUCUACGAUCGCAGUACUAAAACACGCUAAAUUAUAAAUCAAAUACUUGUUGGAAAAACAUGAGAGAAGUAAAGGAGGAGGGAGAGAGAGAGAGAGUGAAAGAGAUAUAUAUAUAUAUAUAUAUAUAUAUAUAUAGAGAGAGAGAGAGAGAGAGAGAGAGAGAGAGAGAGAGAGGAGAGGAGAGAGAAAGAGAGAUCUUUUGGUAAUAUUUCCAUACUUGGAAAACAAACAUACAUGUUUUGUUUGAAAUAUUAAAAGAAUAGGCAAUUUAAAGAUGUAGAGAAAAUGCACUUCGGGCAAAUAUGCGUUUAACGGUAGUUCACCUAAAAACUGUUCGUGUCUGUUCGCUCACGGUGGUCUUUGAAAACAACCCUUACAUGUUUAAGGUACCGUAUCCACAAGUCUUUUCGCUGAUUGCGUGGAAUUUAGGACUAUACAGUACUUGCAAGGCCUUCCCACUCUCCUGAUAUGUUUGCAACUUGAUUUAUGCGUCACUUGAUAUUCGUUUAAUAGGAUAAAGGAUCAGGAGAUCCGCUGAACGCUUUUUCACGUUUAUUGGUAUGUUUGAGAUGGUUGUCUUGUCGUGUCUAGUCCAGAACACCUAUUUUUACCGAAUAUUAUCUUCGACACACGGCAUUUAACGACAUUUGAACAACAUAAUUCUCUGUAUACUAUAAAUGAGGCAUAUGGGUUUUAACGCCCGCUUCCCUCGUGCCAGUUCUCGUGAAUUAAACUGCUGCUUUUUCUUCUUUCUGGGGGGAAAAUUGAAAUUGGAAAAAUUGAAAAAUUCAUUUUCUGCACUCUAAUUAGCUUUAAAAAGAAGUGAACAUUAUUUUACAAAUACACGUGAGCGAGUGUAUGGCCCAGUUUUGCAUAUUCUAUGUGCGUAGCUAUUUCAUAGACCACUGCUGUAAAUAUAAAGAAUAUACUUUGCUGAAUUUUAUAUUACAUAACAAAUUCCAUUACCUAGAUGUAUACGCAUAUGGAAAUAAAAACGCUGUCUGCUAUAUA